GGUGGCUCUGCUUGGCAUAAGGUCACUGACCACAUCCUCUUUGGUUACCAUGGAAACAUCCCCAAACCCUGCACUGUCUGUCAUGGAGAGUGCCAUAACCCUAUGGCAGUUCCUGCUACAGCUGCUGCUGGAUCAGAGCCACAAGCACCUGAUCUGCUGGACGUCCAACGAUGGAGAGUUCAAGCUGCUGAAGUCUGAGGACGUGGCCAAGCUGUGGGGCCUGCGCAAGAACAAGACCAACAUGAACUACGACAAGCUGAGCCGAGCCCUGCGCUACUACUACGACAAGAACAUCAUCAAGAAGGUGAUUGGUCAGAAGUUCGUCUACAAGUUUGUGUCAUUUCCUGAGAUCCUGAAGAUGGACCCGGCUGCGGUGGAGAUGGGGCGGGGCUCAGAGGAGGGGGGCGGCGGCCUGUCCGAGGGGGAGGGGGGGGAGGAUGAGGGGGGGAGGGGCGUCCCCGUCGGCAGGAACGAGUACCUCCACUCAGGCCUGUACUCCUCAUUCACCGUCAGCUCCCUCCAGCACCAGGACAUGCCCCGCCCCCCCGACUUGCACCGGCCAAUCAAGGUGGAGCCCAGACACGAUCAUCUUGACGACAGCUCAACGGUUAUACGCUUCGUACCCAACCGCGGGUCUCUGCCAGUGAUGUCCCUCCCCCCAGCCUCCCCUCCGUCCUCAACAGAGGGCUACCAUUCGUUCAAACUCUCCCCUAGACCCGCCCGCUCCUCGUCAUGCUCCUCCUCCUCGCCGCCGCUUAGCCCCGCCCACACGCUGUGGAGAGGGCGGAGCCCCGUCCCAGAGACUCACGAAUUAGAGCACAGCGCUCAACCUCUCAACCUAUCGUCAGGUCACAGGGAGAGAGCCAAGGCCACUCCCACGCCAGAGAAGAGGGGCUUAGCCAAUAGCUUCCCGCCUAAAACCAGGAAGCCCAAAGGGCUGGAGAUCUCGGCCCCAUCCCUUCUCCUGACAGGAAGUGACAUCGGCUCUAUCGCCCUCAACAGCCCAGCACUGCCCUCAGGGUCUUUGACCUCUGCCUUCUUCACUGCACAGACCCCCUCUGGCCUCCUCCUCGCCCCCAGCCCCCUGCUGUCUAGCAUCCACUUCUGGAGCAGUUUGAGCCCUGUGGGCCCCCUCAGCCCUGCACGCCUGGGCGGCCACGGACCCCUCUUCCAGUUCCCAACUCUGCUGAACGGACCAAUCCCAGUCCCUCUAGCUGGUCUGGAUGGCUCCUCCCCUUUGUUCGGCUCCUCCCCUUUGCUGCUCUCUCCUGGACACCACAAGUCCUGAUUCAGAACACUCACACACACACAUCAGGACUGCCCAGAACAAGGCUACAUCAGGCCAGAUCAGGACCAGGUUGGGCCCCUCCCCCUCCUCUAUCCUCGUCACUUGUCUGUGGGAUCUGAGCCAGGGGGGUUUUGAUCCUUUCAGAGGGAAACUGACGGACGAUAGUCAAGACAACGUUGGUCUCCGUGGAGACCACGUCAAGCUAAACAGUUGUGUAAUUCUGAUUGGUCUCUCAUGUCCUUGGAGGUUUAUUGAAAUCCAGAGUGCCUCGUCCCCCCCCCUCUCCCAGAAUGCUUUGCGCAGUUUGACAGUUUUUCCUAGACACCUAGCAGACAGGGCUAGCCAGACCAAGGUUAUAAUUCUUAGUAAAGGUUUGUAAACUCUUGUAUUGUUGUUUUGGUGUAUUAGGCUGUGAACAUGGUUUGAUUGUUUUGGCUUUUUGUUGUUAUGGUUUUGUAUUGGAUUGUAUCAUACUGUAUUCUAUGCACUGUGCUUGUUUACCUUCUACCUGCUGUGCCUUUUUCAAAUGUAAGAAUUACGUAAAUUUAUUAUUCUUGUCCUUUUUAUAGACGAAAUUCCAGUUCAAAUUUGAACAAAACCUUUUUUUUGUAACAGCUUUUGUUUGUUAAUUUUUGUUUGUGUUUUUUUUUUUUUUUUUACAAAAAAAGGAAUUGAUACAAAUGUAUUAUCAUAAUGAUUUGCAGUCAAGGAAAAUAUGUUACAUUUAUGUUUUGAAUAAAAAUCAAGCAUUGAAUGCUA